AUGGGCAAAUUCUCAGUGUACUUUAUGGGCAAAUUCUCAGUGUACUUUAUGGGCACGUACUAUACAAAACCCGAAACAACUGGAACGAAACCACCGGAACAACCGGAACGACCGGAACAAGAAUCGGAAAAGACCGGAACCACCGAAACCAAAAUCGAACACGGAAUUCCAUUCUCAGUGUACUUUAUGGGCAUGUACUAUACAAAACCCGAAACAACUGGAACGAAACCACCGGAACAACCGGAACGACCGGAACAAGAAUCGGAAAAGACCGGAACCACCGAAACCAAAAUCGAACACGGAAUUCCACCUCCUUGA